CUAUAACUUGAACUCUAUGGAAAAUACAGCUUAGAGUUGAGUGGCCACAUGUGGCGCUGCCUGUAUAGCCAAUACGGUCCAUUACCAACGCUACAUCAUCGUAAGGGCCACGUAAGCUACGACAACCUAGUCUUACGUUAACGUAACCUUCGAGAAUCUCGCGCCAGGUCAAAAGAAGAAGAAGGUAGCUGUUCUGUCACCGCGGCCUGUGAUUGGCUGGCCGGCGCCCCCUCCCUCUCGCUGAUUGGCGGCCGGACUUUCUCCCGGACAGCGGACCAAAACAAAACUCGCGUUGGACAGGAACGGAGAAAAGGAAGCCCGUCGCCCACCAACCCCGCACCGAAGAGGGAACAUCCGCGGCAGACCAAUGGGCGUGCCCAGGGUGUAGUCCCAGUGAGAAGAGUCGCCCCGUGGCCGGCACAGGGAAAGCCUCUGUCGUGACUGCCAGGUGACUGACUUCAGAUAGUGAGAAGGAGUGAGAUGCCUUGAUCUACAAUCUCAUCCGCUUUGGAAAGCAGUGAGAAAAUGCAGUCUGGAAAUGAUAGCAGUUCCAGUCCAAUGGAGAACACAGCUGAUGUCAUUGAGAGCAGCUCUGAUGAUGAUGAUGUACAGGGCACCCCAAAGUAUAAGAGGGGGCAACCAUUCCCCCACCAAGCUCCACACCAACACAGUAAAAAAGAAACUUAUGUGACUGUGUUGGAUUCAGAGGAUGAUGAUACAGAAGAUGGGAAAGAUAAUAAAAAUUUGCACUCUUUUCAAAGUGAAGUUUGCAUUGAGUCAUCAACCUCUGUAAUUAGUGUGUCAGAUUAUGAUGAUGAUCCAGCUGAUUUAGAGAAUCCCUCUUCACGAUUCUCAGUUCCUCAGCACACUACUCCAGGUGUAGUUUCUCGGGACCUGCAUACUUUUGAUAUAAUUACCAAUGAAGAUGGACAAGUAGUCUCCAGUACACCAACCUAUGAAGGUCAGGGUACUGGAGUGUGGCAUAAUGACACCAGUCAAAUUAUUUUGACAGCCGAUGAGAUAGAAAGUCCUAAACCAUUACCUGCUCUCAAAAACCCAAGGAGAAUUUUUGAUUCAAGCUCUUCCUCAAAUUCUAAUGUAAACAAAGGUCAUGGGGACAGCUUUGGAAACUGGAAAGACUAUCGGAAUCCACAGGCCAGGAAAAUGCUCCCAAAACAGAGAAUGGAGACACCUCAUGAUGAAAAUGAUGAUGAAAUAGUUUUGCCUAGAAGAGCUAGUAAAGCUGUGGUUGACAGUGAUAGUGAGGAUGAAAAAGAUUCUCCAGUCAGGGUAGAGACACAUCAGACAGGCAACCUCUCCUCAAACAUCGAGGGAGAUGAUUCUGUGCUGCCAUGCCUUACUGACACUCCACUUCAUCAUCAUAGGAGGCACAAGGGGAUGGGAGAUAUUUCCACAGAAUAUGUGAAGACUCCACUAAGUCGUGAAAACUACGACCACAAAUACAAAAUAAAGAAGAAACAGUCUCAGCCAUCAGUCAAUGCAGAACUGUUCUCAGACUCUAUUGGCAACAAGUCUGGCAGCUUCUUGGAGGUAUCCGGGUCCUCUGUUGGCAAUACCAGUGGACGAAGCCUUCCGUCCUUCAAUCUGGCUGACAUGAGCUCGGCAGAAAUGAAGCAGAAGCUUCAUGAGAAAAAGGGUCUGCUGCGGCGGAUAAACAAAAGACAGUUGCCCGACGGUGGAGCCAGAAUUCAAAACCAAAUACAAGAACUUGAAGCAGCCCUAGCCAACUUUAGUUUGAAGAGCAUACAGGGUGAAGACACUCCAAAUUCUUCAGCAAAUAUAAGUGGGUCCUUCAACAGUGAUUAUUCAGUGAGUAGUAACUCAAGCAAUGAAAUAGAAAAUUCUACAGAUUCUACACAGAAGCAAAAUUCCUACUUAAAAGUCCUUACAUUAGAAGAAAACAUGAAAAAAAAGAAGAUGAAUUACAGUGACACCAGCUUCGAGCACUUCCCGGACAGUAAAGAAAGGUACCAGGCACACAUCUCCCAAUUAAAUAAGGAAGCUGAGAAGAAUGACAGUCAAGGGCAUAGGUACUUGCCUGAGGUUUCUGUGCUGGAGAAUAAAGAAAAUUCUAGUUUAUCUGAAGCAGACGCCAAACUUCAAGAAAAAAAGAAAAAGCUUCAGGAGCUCCAGCGAAUAUACCGCAUGUCAAAUCUCCGACAACUGGAAGAUGGGGGACAAAGACUUAAGCAGCGCAUUGUUGAAUUGGAAAAGGAAGUGAUGGUGAUAGAGUUCAAAAAGAACAUGGAAAAACCCAAACCUGAUAUAAUUAUAGUUGACACCAAUCAGCAGUAUAAGCAGUCAAAUGUACCAAGUAUUAAUCAACUGAAAAUGAGCAAAGACCAGCCUCCUCAACCACAUCUCUCCCAACAUGCCCUUGAUGCGCUUUAUAGCACCGACAAAAACUUCGGGGCGCACAACUACGGAGGAAAGAUAUCUACCGUUCGGCAUCGAGAAAUGGUCAGGGUUACAGGAGAUGCUGUUGAAGGUCUACACGGUGCUUUACAGUCUGCUCCUGAUGUUGAACGAACCAUGGAACAGCAACCAGCAAACCUAAAAGUUACCCUCAUGGACCAUCAACGCAGGGCACUUUGCUGGUUGCUCUGGAGGGAGACAGCGGUUCCACCUGGUGGCAUACUGGCUGAUGACAUGGGUCUUGGAAAAACAUUGACAAUGAUAUCCCUGAUGAUGCGUCACCAGGAACUGGUAGAUGAAGGGGCCCUCAAGGAUGAUUUCUCUUCCCUGAAAGGAGACCAAGAAAGUGGGGAAGAGGAUGGUGGUGGGUGGCUUUCCAAGAAGACAGGUGCAUCAAGGUUCUCUUUAGUUCCAUCUACGGGCACAUUGGUGGUGUGUCCUGCCACCCUGCUGGGCCAGUGGGAAGGUGAGGUGCGGCGACAUGUGCGAAGAGGCACCUUGAGAGUUCUUGUAUACCAUGGCGCAGCAAGAGAGAGGGACAUGCGAAGACUGGCUCGUCAUGAUAUGGUAAUCACAACCUAUCAGAUAGUUGGGAGAGAAGCAUUCAAAUUUGUGGGAAAAGAGCUAAAAAAUGAGAAGAAUGAUGUUCCUAAGGUCAAGGCCAAGAACCAAGGAUCUCUGUUUCAAGUCGGGUGGAAUCGCAUUAUUCUGGAUGAAGCUCAUGUGAUUCGCAACCAUAAAAGCAAAACGUCCCAGGCAGUGUGUCUCCUGCGUGGGGGGCGGCGGUGGGCCCUCACUGGGACCCCCAUACAGAACCGGGACAUGGAUCUGUACUCUCUAGUGAGGUACCUUAGAGCUGUGCCCUUUGAUGACUACACGUGCUGGAAACUCCAGGUGGCCAACAACAAUGCUCAGGGCAAGGAGCGAUUGAGGCUGCUGGUGAAAGCGCUGGUUCUUCGAAGAACAAAGGACCAGAUUGAUGUACAUACAGGCAAGAAGAUUGUGGAUCUUCCUGAGAGAAAAGAAGUGCAGCAUGAGUUGUCUCUUUCUCAGGAAGAAAGGGAAGUCUAUGAUCGCAUCUUCACCUAUUCAAGAUCAGCUUUGGUGGAAUAUAUGAAAUCUAGUGAAGAGAAAGAAAGAGAAAAGGCAUCUAAAUGGUCUGGUCCAAAUAGUAUUACUCCACAGACAGAAAAUAAGGAAGAAGAGAACAAGUACACUCCAACACUGAGAGGAGAGGCCCUGAUCACUGGUAAUGUGAAGAGUCAUCAUCUACUGGUGCUGCUGCUACGCCUUCGCCAAAUCUGUUGCCACCCAUCACUAAUCCGUGGGAUGAUCUCAGAAGAGGUUGAAGAGACUGAUGGGUUAUUGCCUGGCCAGCAUGAGGAGACGGAUCAAGAGUUGUUGCUACACAUGUCGAAUCUAAAUCUUGAGGAUGGAGACCUAGAAAAGAAAGAGGCAGCUGAUGUGCUCACCAUGGCUAACCCGCUCUUCAAGGAAACUUCCACUAGCUCCAAGAUCACAUGUCUCAUUGACGAACUGAAAAAACUCAGAAGGUCCAGUCCUGAAGAUAAGUGUAUUGUAGUAUCGCAGUGGACUUCAAUGUUAGAAGUUGUUGGCAAGCACUUGGAGCCAAUGGGAAUCAGACACCUGUAUAUCACCGGCAAGACUUCAGUGAAGGACCGAGCAGCCAUUGUUGAUGAUUUCAACUUGAAUGCUCGAAGCCCACAGGUGUUGCUGCUGUCUUUGGCUACUGGGGGUGUUGGCCUUAACCUAGUAGGGGCCAACCACUUGUUCAUGCUAGACAUGCACUGGAAUCCUCAGAUGGAAGCUCAGGCUUGUGAUCGCAUCUACCGGGUUGGCCAAACCAAACCAGUUAUGAUCCACAGAUUUAUUGUAGAGAAUACUGUUGAAAAGAAAAUACUUGAUCUCCAACAAAUGAAGUUACAACUUGCAGACGCCAUUUUGUCUGGUGCAAAACACACUACAGCUACCAAGCUUACGCUGGAGGACAUGAAGAUACUCUUUAAUGUGUCCUAAACAGCUUGUUAUCAGGCUUGAUUAAUUGUGAAAUCUGCUCCACCAUGAGGUUGUGGAAGUGUGGAUGAAAGCGGUAAACAGAGCCGUCUACUGCUACAGUUACACUUUCUUCACCUAUUCGGUUGAGGAGCACAGCGACACCCGCAGCAGCUAAGUGUGCAGC